CCUGAGCUGAGGCGAGAGGGCUGUAUGUGAGCGUGUGUGUGUGUGUGUGUACAUAUCUCUAUGUACGUUUGAGGCGGCGCUGAGGGAGGAGGGGGGGAAAGCUCCCCGCCGCCGCUGAGGAGAAGAAGAAAAGGAAGAGGAGGAGGAGGGGUGAAAAAAUAGAGAGGGGGGGCCAAAAAGGAGGAGGGAGACUGGUCGGUCGCGCGCACGAACGGGACCGCGCUUCGACUAAUAUCCCGGUGACGACUGCGACGACGACGACGGCGAGGAGCCGGGGCGUGUGUGAGGGAACGAGAAGGAAGCGGGAGGCCCCGUCCUCCUCCGCCCUCCUCCUCCUCCUCCGCCCGUGAAGAAGGAGGACCCACCCGGCGCCGCCGCCGCCGCCUCCUCACAUCUCGUCACACCUUCCUCCGCCGCCGCCGCCGCACUCCGCUUGCCGCCGCCCGCGCCGAUCUUCCUCGUUUCUUUUUUUGUGUGCGUGUGUGUUUUGUUUUUCUGCCUGGCGAAGCGGGCGGGCGCCGAGGAGAAGGAAGGCGAGCGAGAGAGCCCGGCCUCGCCCGCGCUGUGUGGCCGGGGUGGGCGAGGCGGCUGAGCGGCGUCUCUCCUCCUUCCUCCGUCUCUCCUCGGAAGAAGCGCGGAGGGAGGGGGGGAGGCCUUGAAAAGAGAGCGGCGGCGGCGGCGGCGCCCCCCCCUCGUCUCCACCGGCCGGCCGGGCCCGCCCACCUCGGCCUUCCUGAGACCCCCCUCUCCUCCUCCCUCCCCUCCUCCUCCUUCCUCCUCCUCCUCAGACAUGCCCCGCUCUGGAGGCCGGGCUCGCCGAGGAGGAUCAUGACUGCGGUGGCGAACGGGGCGAGCCUGGAGGACUGUCACUCCAACCUCUUCUCCCUGGCGGAACUCACUGGCAUCAAGUGGCGUAGGUAUAACUUUGAAGGCCAUGGAGAUUGUGGCCCCAUUAUCUCGGCCCCUGCUCAAGAUGACCCCAUCCUUCUGAGUUUCAUCCGCUGUCUGCAGGCCAAUCUGCUUUGUGUCUGGCGCCGUGAUGUCAAACCUGAUUGUAAGGAGUUAUGGAUAUUCUGGUGGGGAGAUGAACCAAACUUAGUAGACGUGAUACAUCGUGAGCUACACAUGGUGGAAGAAGGACUUUGGGAGAAUGGGCUUUCAUAUGAGUGCAGGACACUGCUUUUCAAGGCAAUCCACAACUUGCUGGAAAGAUGCCUAAUGGAUAAGAACUUCGUAAGAAUUGGCAAAUGGUUCAUCCGGCCAUAUGAGAAAGAUGAAAAACCCAUUAACAAAAGUGAGCAUUUGUCCUGCGCCUUCACAUUCUUCCUUCAUGGGGAGUGCAAUGUGUGUACAAGUGUGGAGAUCGUCCAGCACCAACCAAUAUAUCUGAUCAGUGAGGAGCAUCUCCACAUGGCUCAGUCUUCCCCUAUGCCAUUCCAAGUGCUGAUAAGCCCUUAUGGCUUAAGUGGUACAUUAACGGGCCAAGCAUACAAGAUGUCAGACCCAGCAACCCGGAAGCUAAUUGAGGAGUGGCAGUAUUUUUACCCAAUGGUGUUGAAGAAGAAAGAGAACUUGAAAGAGGAAGAACUGGGAUAUGAUGACGAUUUUCCGGUGGCAGUAGAAGUCAUAGUUGGUGGCGUCCGAAUGGUAUAUCCUUCAGCUUUCGUUCUUAUCUCGCAAAAUGAUAUUCCUGUGUCACAAAACACUUCCACGCUAGGAGCCCACAACAGCAUGACACAGCAGGGAGCUGGCAACGUGAAAGAUCCCAGCAGUUGUGGAAUGUUACUCACACCACCCACCUCUCCAGAGCAGACCGUCAUAGGUGAAAGUGGAGGCAUUCCAAGCACAGUCAGCCAUUCAGCAGCACCAGACGGUAUGGUCACUGUGCAAAGUCCAAAGAAAUCAGGGAAGAUUCCUCCAAAAUUCCAGAAUCGUAUGGUCCGCCGAGUUUGGAAGGAAUGUAUCCUCAACAGGACACAGUCCAAGAGGAGUCAAAUUACUGCUACUAACGUGGAGGAAGAGGCCCCCAGAAGCUGUGUUACUUGGGAUUUUGUUGAUCCAGUCCAAAGAGUGUGCUGUUCUUGCUCCAGGCAUAAGCUUCUCAAGCAGCGCUGUGCUGUGGGUUCCAGUCGUCCACCAACGAUAUCACAACCAGGGUUUGGCGCAGGAUCCUCAUCCUCUUCUGCCUUGCCACCUCCUGCCUCUAAGCACAAAACCACAGAGAGGCAAGAGAAGUCGGAAAAACUCCAAAAAAGAUCGCUGCUGCCAUUUCACCAUCGUCCGUCUGUCACUGAAGAGCUGUGUAUGGAGCAGGACCCUUCAGGACAAAAGCUGGCCUUGGCGGGGAUGGAGCCCUCUUUGGAAGCCCCUAGCAACAGGAAAUAUGAAAAGCAGCUCACUCUUCCACCCAGGCACCCAAGCAAACAAACGAAUUUGAAUCCUAUGGAUUCCCCCCAUUCCCCAACAUCCCCUCUGCCUCCCACACUUAGCCCCCAGCCAAGGGGGCAGGAAGCAGACAGUUUGGACCCUCCUUCAGUUCCUGUAAAUCCAGCCCUCUACAGCAAUGGAUUAGAGCUCCAGCCUUUGGCCGGCGCAGAGGAAAGGACAGUCCUCUUGGGCCAGAGGCUUCCUCUGAUGGCAGAAGUCAGCGAGACAGCUUUAUAUUGUGGGGUUAUACAUAACCAAGAGUCAUCAAAUAAAUGGCAGGGAUAUGUUCUUCCUUCAACUGGGGAUCCAGACUUCAGCCCACCAGAACUCCAGUGUGAGAGAUACGACACCAAAAUGGAUGUUGCCCCUGAGAGCACUGCACUAAAAAGGCUCUUAGCACAACCUAAUAAAAGAUUUAAAAUCUUGGAAGAAACCCCCUCAGUGCCAGCAAUGAAUUAUCUCGACCCCUUACCUCUAAUACAGCAACCUGGUGAAUGUUUGGGAGAUGUCAGCGAUCCUUACACAUUUCAGGAUGGCGAUAUCAAAUACAGCUUCACUGGCACGAAGAAGUGCAAGCUUGGAGCUGAUAGAGAAUCUCUGAAGAAGAAUAAGUCAGAAGAUGGAACAGCAACUAAAGAGAUUUCUGCAGCAGGCCAUUCCACCACCAUUCCAGAUGGGAAAGAUGCAAUGUCCAUUUUCAGUUCUGCUCCUAAAACAGACACACGGCAAGAUAAUGCCGCAGGCCGAGCUGGUUCUAGUAGCCUCACACAAGUAACAGAUUUGGCCCCUUCACUACAUGAUUUAGACAACCUCUUCGAUAACUCAGAUGAAGAUGAUCCUGGAGCUGUCUCACCUGCCCUUCGGUCAUCAAAAAUACCUGCAGUGGGGACAGAAGAGCGCCCUUUGGGCAAGGACGGCAGAACAGCAGUACCUUAUCCUCCAACCGUGGCAGAUCUGCAGAGGAUGUUUCCAACACCACCUUCCUUGGAGCAGCACCCUGCUUUCUCCCCUGUGAUGAGCUAUAAAGACGGCAUCAACUCGGAGACCGUGACUACACUGGGAAUGAUGGAAAGCCCUGUGGUCAACAUGGUUACAACCCAGCUCACAGAGUUUAAAAUGGAAGUGGAAGAUGGAUUAGGCAGCCCUAAACCAGAAGAAAUCAAGGAUUUCUCCUUUGUGCACAAAUCUUCCACCUUUCAGCCCUUUGUGGGCUCCUCCAUGUUUGCUCCUCUGAAGAUGCUUCCCAGCCAGUGCCUGCUACCUCUGAAGAUCCCAGAGACCUGUGUCUAUCGGCCUUCCUGGGCCAUUCCUCCAAAAAUCGAACAACUUCCUUUACCGCCUACAGCUGCUUUCAUCAGAGAUGGAUACAACAACGUCCCCAGUGUUGGGAGCCUGGCCGAUCAAGACUACAUUCAGAUGAACACUCCCCAGAUGAGCACUCCAGUGACGCUAAAUAGCGCUGCCCCGGCCAGCAACAGUGGGGCGGGAGUAUUGCCUUCCCCGGCCACUCCUCGUUUUUCUGUCCCUACGCCACGCACACCCAGGACCCCAAGGACUCCUAGAGGUGGGGGCACUGCCAGCGGGCAAGGAUCCGUCAAGUAUGACAGCACGGACCAAGGUUCGCCAGCAUCGACGCCUUCCACAACCCGGCCUCUCAAUUCCGUGGAGCCGGCCACAGUGCAACCAAUCCUGGAAGCCCACAGCCUGUACGUCACACUCAUCCUUUCGGACUCCGUGCUGAACAUCUUCAAAGACAGCAACUUCGACAGCUGCUGCAUCUGCGCGUGCAACAUGAAUAUCAAAGGUGCCGACGUUGGGCUGUAUAUCCCGGAUUCAUCGAACGAGGACCAGUAUCGGUGCACUUGUGGAUUCAGUGCAAUUAUGAACCGCAAGCUAGGGUACAACUCUGGGCUGUUCAUCGAGGAUGAACUGGAUAUUUUUGGCAGGACUUCAGACAUUGGCCAGGUGGCAGAGAGGAGAUUGAUGAUGUGUCAGACCACCUUGAUUCCUCAGCUGGGAGAAGGGUCCAAAAGGGCUCAGGAGCCCCCAGUAAGCCUCCUCCUCCUCCUCCAGAAUCAGCACACCCAGCCUUUCACCUCCCUGAGCUGCUUGGACUACAUGUCCGCCACUAGCAGGCAGUCACUGUCUUACACAAACUGGAGUUAUGACAGAGUUCAGGCAGAGAGCAAUGACUCCUGGAUCGAGUGCUUCAAUGCUCUGGAGCAAGGCAGGCAGUAUGUGGAUAACCCCACGGGUGGGAAAGUGGAUGAAGCUCUAGUCAGAAGUGCGACAGUUCACUCUUGGCCUCACAGCAACGUUCUAGACAUCAGCAUGCUCUCCUCCCAGGACGUAGUACGCAUGCUUCUGUCUCUCCAGCCUUUCCUCCAAGAUGCCAUCCAGAAGAAGCGGACUGGCAGGACCUGGGAAAACAUCCAGCAUGUCCAAGGACCCCUCACCUGGCAGCAGUUCCAUAAAAUGGCAGGACGGGGAACCUAUGGUUCAGAGGAGUCUCCUGAGCCUCUUCCAAUCCCCACUUUGCUGGUCAGCUAUGACAAGGACUUCCUGACAAUCUCUCCGUUCUCCUUGCCAUUCUGGGAGAGGCUGCUGCUGGACCCAUAUGGAGGCCAUCGGGAUGUUGCUUAUAUCGUGGUGUGUCCAGAAAACGAGGCCUUGCUUGAUGGAGCCAAAACUUUCUUCAGGGACUUGAGCGCCGUAUAUGAGAUGUGUCGACUUGGUCAACAUAAACCAAUCUGUAAAGUGUUGCAUGAUGGGAUCAUGCAAGUGGGAAAGACUGUAGCCCAGAAGCUGACAGAUGAGCUUGUGAGUGACUGGUUUAACCCACCCUGGGGCAAUGAAGACUGUGACAAUCAUUCCAGGCUCAAACUUUAUGCGCAAGUCUGUCGUCACCACCUAGCACCUUACUUAGCUACUUUGCAACUUGACAGCAGCCUGCUGGUGCCACCUAAACACCAGACAGCACCAGCACCACCACCAAGCCAGGAACAAACGCUACCCGGGAAUUCUGCACCGAUUCCUCCCAAUUCGGCCUGCCUUGCUGCGCCUGGGGCUCCCCCAACUGGCAGUUCUUUCACCCCCACACCCAACGGAGGGACCACAAGCCUCCCAGGAGGCAACAGUUCAACCUCUGGAUCCACAGUGCCACAGCUGUCAGCAUCCUCCUCAGUGCCCAGUAUUAACCAGACAAGCACUACCUCCUCUUCAGGGUUCAGCGGUGGCCUACCUCAAGGUCAAAACCCUAUUCUUGGUGUAAAUUCUACGGAGAGACCCCAAGGAAGCACAGUCUCCGGAGGAGAUGCAGAGACAGGGCAUAAUUCAUCUCAACAGCAGCAAGAAGGACAGGAAAGUUCUGCAGAGAGGGAGAGGAUAGGAAUUCCAACGGAACCUGAGUCGGCAGAUAGCCACGCCUACCCUCCGGCUGUCGUCAUCUACAUGGUGGAUCCUUUCACCUACACUGCCGAGGAGGAAUCCACCUCUGCCAACUUCUGGCUCUUGAGCUUGAUGCGGUGUUACACAGAGAUGCUGGACAACUUGCCUGAACAUAUGAGGAAUUCUUUCAUUCUCCAGAUUGUGCCUUGCCAAUACAUGCUGCAGACCAUGAAGGACGAGCAAGUCUUUUACAUUCAGCACUUGAAGUCUCUGGCGUUCUCUGUCUACUGCCAGUGCAGGCAACCGCUGCCCACACAGAUCCACAUCAAGUCCCUGACCGGCUUUGGGCCAGCAGCCAACAUCGAGAUGACUCUCAAGAACCCGGAGCGGCCCAGCCCCAUUCAGCUGUACUCCCCUCCGUUUAUCCUGGCACCCAUCAAAGACAAACAGACAGAGCUCGGGGAGACCUUUGGAGAAGCCAGCCAGAAGUACAAUGUGCUCUUUGUUGGGUAUUGUUUAUCUCACGACCAGCGGUGGCUUCUGGCCUCCUGCACCGACCUGCACGGCGAGUUGUUGGAAACCUGCAUUGUCAACAUCGAUUUGCCAAACAGAUCAAGGAGGUGCAAGGUAUCGGCCCGUAAAAUUGGCUUGCAGAAGCUGUGGGAAUGGUGUAUUGGGAUCGUCCAGAUGACAUCACUGCCCUGGAGAGUUGUGAUUGGACGCCUUGGGCGACUAGGCCAUGGGGAGUUGAAAGACUGGAGCAUCCUGCUUGGAGAGUGUUCGCUGCAGACAAUCAGCAAGCAGUUGAAGGAGGUGUGUCGGAUGUGUGGCAUCUCUUCUGCAGACUCCCCCUCAAUUCUCAGUGCCUGUUUGGUUGCCAUGGAGCCCCAGGGGUCAUUUGUGGUGAUGCCAGAUGCUGUCACGAUGGGGUCUGUGUUUGGCCGCAGCACUGCUCUUAACUUGCAGUCGUCCCAGCUGAAUACGCCACAGGAUGCCUCUUGUACACACAUCUUGGUGUUUCCAACCUCUGCAACCAUCCAAGUCGCUCCAGCAAACUAUCCAAAUGAGGAUGGAUUCAGCCCCAAUAAUGAUGACAUGUUUGUCCUUCCAUUCCCGGAUGACAUGGAUAACGACAUUGGGAUUCUAAUGACUGGGAAUCUCCACUCGUCUCCCAACUCCUCCCCGGUCCCUUCCCCUGGCUCUCCUUCUGGGAUUGGAAUAGGACCAUCCUUCCAGCAUAGCCGGAGCCAAGGAGAACGUCUCCUCUCCCGGGAGGCACCCGAAGAACUGAAGCAGCAGCCUCUUGCUCUGGGGUACUUCGUCUCUACUGCCAAAGCUGAGAACCUCCCUCAGUGGUUCUGGUCAUCCUGUCCACAGGCCCAGAAUCAGUGUCCCCUCUUUUUGAAGGCAUCGUUGCACCACCACAUCUCUGUCGCUCAUACGGAUGAACUCCUCCCUGCACGGAACUCCCAGAGGGUUCCCCACCCCUUGGACUCUAAAACCACGUCUGAUGUUCUGAGGUUUGUGCUGGAGCAGUACAAUGCACUGUCGUGGCUCACUUGCAACCCCGCAACUCAGGACCGCAGCUCCUGCCUUCCUGUCCACUUUGUGGUGCUCACACAGCUAUACAAUGCCAUCAUGAACAUCCUCUAAUCACCCGGAAGCGCCUGGAUGACCUUCCCCUUCAACCUGAGAAAGACGGGCCGUGGCUCGCGAGGGUCUGAGGAGCCCUUCUCCUCGUCGGACCCCAGCCUCUGGGGCCCAAGCAGCGCCUUGUAUCUUCCAGGAAUAAUAACAGGAGGCUUCUCCAGUGUUUGUGGAGUGUGCCUGGUGGGCCACAUCAGGACUUCUGCCAAGCAUACCAGACAGUGAGAUGUACCGCAACCUCAAGGGCAGUGUUAACGCAGUGGCGGGACGUUAAUGGAACAACGGACCACAGAAGACAGUGUCCUUCCCUUUUGUUAUUUCUUUUUUGUUAUUUUCUGUUUUGUUGCGCACGGAUCUCUUUGCCUAAGAGACAAGUGCCCUCCUUUCCGAGCGAAAUGUUGUCGUGACCAGUUUGGGUGGCCCAAAACUCUUUUAACAUUGUUCCUUGAAAAACCGCCGGAUGAACGUGGCUGCAAUGAAGAACCAGUUCUUGUAGUCUUUUCAAAAGAAAAAUAGUGGGAUUUCUGUCUACCUGCAAUUCCUGUCUGAGUGGAUUGGGUUGAAUGCAUGCAUUUGUUACCUGUCCAUGUAGAUGCGAACGGUCUUGGAGAUGCUCUCUUCGAGUUUUGUUUGUUUUUUAAUUUAUUAAUGGGGGCUGUUAAAUUAUAGAGGACCAGGUACAGUAGUUGAUCCAGCUAUGCUCUGCCAAGAAGUAUUUAUCGACAUACCUCACAUUCUUCUGACUGAGAAAUGGGGUAAAAACCAUGGAGGAAAUCCAAAAAUAACCAAGUUAGGAAGAGCAUUCGAGGAAGAACUUUAGGAGUCACUAUUUUUAUUAUUAUUAUUAUUACUAUCUUUGGUGGACUUUUUUUGAUUAAGGAACUCUAGCGAGGUUUAAAUAAAGUCACAUGAACAAUAACGCAAAAUGCAGGACAACAGACCAGUGGGAGGCAAUAAAACACUUUAGCGUCGAGGCAAAUUGAAGGGAGAAAUACUAAUUAAGAGAGGAGUCUGAUGGAUGUGGAAAUUAAUCCCGAAGCUCAAGUCACCUAUAAACUGGGAGAGACUCAUCUGUCAUAUAUUCGUGUGUGUUAUGUAUGUAUGUGUGAUAUAUAUGUGCAUACACACACACACACACACACACACACACACACACACACACACACGUAGAUUGUUUACACUCUUAUCAGUUUCAAAUCUGGUGUAUUUGUCUAUAGGAAGAAAAAUAUUAUUUCAAAGAAAUAAUUUUUAAAAGUUGUAUCAUUAAAUUAGUACUUGAAAAUGAAAGACCACUGAGGUGGAAAAAAAAUGAAUCGGUUUAGUUAAAAUGUUUGCCAUUUAAAAAAAAAAGUUUAAAGCAAAUCAUAUUAUUUUUAUGACUCCUUAAUUCUAGGAUUUGAGAAGUCUAUGCUGUUAAAAGAUCCCAUUUCUAAUGUUUCUCUUUGCACUGUGGGCAGGCCUGGGCUGCUUUAAAGAAGAGGAAUCAAGUAUUGUGGGGACGUGGUCAAGGUUGCUGACCAUUGUCCUUGGAGAGAAUACCAUUUUUGAAGUUCUUCCAAAAGUCCGUCUUGUUCUGGUUAAAAAAAAAAAAAGGAGAAGAAGAAAAUAAUAAUAAUAAUAAUUAAUUAAAAUUUCUAUGACUUUAAAGAAUAUUUUUCUUGAAAUGAUGGUGUAAGGUUUAAAAACAAAAUUUAUUAUUAAAAAUAAUAAUAAUAAUCCCAUGCGUGAUGGGUGAAGGGAUCGGUCAGAGGAAGACCCUGUAAAUGGAUCGCUUUUAUUCUCUGCUCUAGGGGCAGGGCAGGGCAGGGGGGACCUUUGCAAUGUACAGGAGGGGGAAAAAUCAGAUAUAUCAAAACCAUUUGUAUCUAAUGUAUACAGUGUAAAAUUGAUUUUAAAAAAAUAUUGCAUUACUAUUUUUUCUUAAUCAGAAAGGAAAAUUCUCAAGGCCUUUUGAAGAGCAUUAAAAGAUGAAGAUUGUAAACUUGUAUACAAAAAAAAAACCUUGGUGAGGAAAACUAUGUAAAGUUAUCUUUUACCAUUUUUGGGAUUCUUUGUUCCCAAAAUUCACCUGAACUUUGAAUUAGAGAUGGAUUUACUUUUACCUUUUUUCUUUUUAAUGGGCUGUUUUUACCAAGGGGGUUCUUUCCUUCCCCAGAGAUCCAGUUCUAAUGCAAAAAUUAAAAUGCCUCCCCCCCACUACCCCACAAAUAAGGGGAUGGAGGGGGUAGCGAGAAGUAGUUUUCAUCUGGUGGUGUUUUUAUUUAAUUUUUUUAAGUUAAUAGAAGCUGGUAACAUAUUUAUACAUUUUUGUGCAAAAUAAAUGAAUGGCAAUAGAUUUUAAAAAGAAAAAAAUCUUAUGUACUUCAGUGUGAAAAUCUGUAUAAUAUUUCCCUUUAAAAUAUGCAUUAUUUUACUUGUGAGUUUUUUACUGAAUUAAUCUGAAAUGUACAAGCCCUGGAUUUCCUACAGAGUGAAGAAGUUAUUUUAUUUUUUUUAAUUUCUAAUUUUGGAAAUCAUGCAGAAAUUGGAAUUAUAA